AUGGCUAUCUCCUUAUCCUCCUCGGGGCUGACAAGGCUAACCACACAUGAUUCAUCGCCCCUCUUUGCAGACCAAAUCGAUGUGAAGACCCAAGAGAUCAAACCAUCCUCAGAUGAGACAUACUCGGACCUUCAAGAGCUCGCAGACGAUCUGCCUGAUUCAUCCCCUCGUUUUGUGCUGUUGAGUUAUCCGUUGACCCUGGCAUCUGGACGCCUCUCAGUCCCUUAUGUCCUGAUAUAUUACCUUCCCGUUAACAGCAAUCCGAACUUGCGUAUGAGCUAUGCCGGUGCCGUCGAGUUAUUCCGCGGUACUGCUGAGGUGAACCGUGUUUUGGAGGUCAGCGAGGCGGAGGAAGUCGUCGCGAUUGAGUCCAGGUUGAAAGGUGAAGACUAG